CGCUCGAAUACCAAAUGGUGCAGUGCGCCUGAGCGAAAAAGAGAGGAAGUGGCGGCAGAAGUAGCUCCGCACCUUUUCCGGUAACACCGACAGCGGCACGACCGGGACCGAGAGAGCGACCGGAGAGGAACAGAGGGGACAGAACCGACCCGGGGUGCGCGAGAGGGCGGCUGUUAUACGAGGGACGGAAGAGGGGGAACUCGGGAUGAAUGACUGACGUUUGGAGUUUAUUCUCACAGCCUCGAGCAGAACAUACGAUCUGAAACGCGUCUGAAGGGAAUGUGCGCAAAACAAACGCGACCCGACAGCGGGUGCACCGGAAGGAAGUCUGAGGAAAGGCCUUUCACAGAUCCAAACACACGUGACGGGUUUUGUUUCUGAAUUUUGAAGGUUGUUUGCAGUACUGCGAAUAUAUGUGUUUUUCUGACUGACCAAAAACCCUCGUCCCUCUUCCUGCAACACAUUUAAAUAUAUGCACAGCCAAAAAGAUGGGGAAGAUGCUUUCGAAGAUCUUUGGCAACAAGGAGAUGAGAAUAUUGAUGCUUGGACUUGACGCGGCGGGAAAAACGACGAUCCUUUACAAACUCAAACUGGGACAGUCGGUCACCACCAUCCCGACGGUGGGCUUCAACGUGGAGACCGUUACGUACAAGAACGUCAAGUUUAACGUGUGGGACGUGGGCGGUCAGGAUAAGAUCCGUCCGCUUUGGCGGCACUAUUACACCGGCACCCAAGGCUUGAUCUUCGUAGUGGACUGUGCGGAUCGCGACCGGAUCGACGAGGCUAGACAGGAGCUGCAUCGCAUUAUUAACGACCGUGAGAUGCGCGACGCAAUCAUCUUGAUCUUCGCCAACAAGCAAGACCUUCCGGAUGCCAUGAAGCCGCACGAGAUCCAGGAGAAGCUGGGUUUGACUCGGAUCAGAGAUCGCAAUUGGUACGUUCAGCCGGCCUGCGCUACGACGGGCGACGGACUCUACGAAGGACUCACCUGGCUCACGUCCAAUUACAAAUCCUAACGCGAGCGGGCGAAGACGCACGCGUGGAAACUACACUCUAAAAAAAAUGCUGGGUUAAAUACAACCCAGUGCUGGGUAAAAUAGGGACAAACCCAGCAAUUGGGCUGUUUUGAAAUCCCUAUCCGUAAUAGGGUCCCUAUUUUACCCAGCACUGGGUUGUAUUUA